AUGGACACUUCAAUACCCACCCAGAUCGCUGAGACGGUCCAGACAGCACACAUCAACCGCGCGCCCUCGCCGACGCACGACCUCAAUCCCUCGACCGCCGCUUCAGAGAAGCGCCCCGUCGACAUUGAUCUCGACCUCGACUCGGCGUCCGAUGACGGCAUCGACAACCUCGAAGAUGACAUUCCCUACAGCGUUCUUCGCCCGCGACGUCGCUCCCACAACCUCCCGCCCAUGCCCGACCUGCGCUUCGAGCAGAGCUACCUCAACAGCCUCGCCAAGGCACAGUCAUGGCAGGGCGUGGCAUGGAUCACGACGAGGGACCAGGUCUUGAUGCCGCUGGUGCAGGGCGUCGUGUACAACCUCUUCCUUCUCGGCUGGCAGAGCUGGAACCGCAACGCACAGAUCCAUGGGAGCUCCGUCGGGGCGAGGGUGCGCAGGUGGUGGUAUGGCGUCAACAAGUGGGCGAUACCCGCCCCGAUCAGGAGGUAG